UUUCAUUUUUCUUUCAUAUUUUUCAUAUUUUUCCUUUUGUGUCUGAAGAGCGAUUACAUUCUCCAGUAUUGGCAUUUGGCACCACGGUUUCGCGAAGCUCCGACUAUGGCAAACGAGGAGGAAAAACUUCUAGAGGCUCAAUUAGAGUUUCAAUUACACGAACAAAAAGAAUCUUUGACUGCAAUUCAAGACGCUUUAACUUCUGAUCCCCAGAAUUCGGAGCUUCUCAGUAUCCAACAAGAGCUUGUAUCUUCCAUUAGAGAUGCAGAAGAAGGACUUCUUCACCUAAAACGUGCACGAUUGCUGUCUGAAAUCGAUUCAGCUGUGCAGUCUGUAUCUUCUCAUGUAGAUGCUAAAGUUGAGCCUAUAUAUUUAGCUGAGGUGGAGGGUUCCAAACUUUCACAUGAAGACAUAGAGGUAGAACAUCUGGAUGCUACAGAUGAAGUAGAAACAUCGGAAAAGCCAGGUUUUUUGGUUGGAUCUAAAUGUAGGUUUCGUCACACUGAUGGGCAUUGGUAUCACGGUGAAGUUCUUGAGUUGGAUGGUUCUUUUGCUAGAGUUUCUUUCCUCCAUCCAACAUCAGAGAAAAUGAUGAUAUGCAAGUUCUUCCUUCAACAACGGUGUCGAUUUGGUGCUAAUUGCCGGUUAUCACAUGGAACUCUUGUGCGACUAUCAUCGCUGAAGAAGUUUGUAGCACCUUGUUUAGGGCAGCCAUUUAUUGGAUCUAGAAUUUGGGCUGUUUCAGGGAAUGGAGCUAGCAUAUGGAGAGAGGCUGAACUUGGAUCUUGGGAUGAUAAGCUCAACCAAGGUGUGGUUGUAUUUCGUGACAAUGGAAGCUCAGAGACGUUAGGGGUUGAGGCAAUGUUAUUAUCACAGUAUGCAGAAACCAGCGAUGAAGAAGAGGGAGAAAGUGAUUAUUCAAGUUCUGAGAACUCAGGUUUAAGUGAUUAUGAAGAUGAUGGCCUGCCGCAAGGCUUAGGCUUUGUCGAGAGCACUGCCUUGCAGAAGGGGAUCCAGACAGACACGGCCAUCUUUGCUGAUUGGGAGAAUCACACUCGGGGUAUAGCUUCAAAGAUGAUGGCGAAUAUGGGCUAUCGUGAAGGAAUGGGUCUGGGUCUAGCAGGCCAGGGCAUGGUGAAGCCAAUACCUGUGAAAGUUCUUCCACCAAAGCAAUCUCUUGAUCACGCCCUGCAGUCUGUUAAAUAUGAUGAAAGAGAUGGGUGUUCAGAGAAGAAAAAACGGAGUCGAGGUGGGAAGCGGAAACGUGAAAAGAAAUUUGCAGAAGCAGCUCGGGCUGCCAAACAAGAAGAGGAACAGAGACCGGAUGUUUUCAGUCUCAUAAACAAUCACCUUGCAACACAUGCUAAGAUGAUUAACAAUGAAAGCUCGGCAAAAAAGCAUAAGAGCAAAGAGACUAAGAAAGAAGACAGGCAGUCACUUGUUGCUUAUGAAGAAGAGGUGAAGGAGUUGAGAGUUCGAGUGGAGAAGUUGGAGGAGAUGGUUAACCGUAAUAGGAAGGAAAAGGCGGUUUAUGAGGCAGCAAUGAGAAAAUUGAAGGAGACUCGUAAGGCUUUAUCCGAGGCUGAGGCUAAGCAUGCAUCAACUUCACAUGCAGUUGUUAGCAAGGAGAAAGAAAAGAAAUGGCUUAGGUUCUAGUAUUAUUAAAAGAUUUAUUCAGGAAGCUCUCUGCCAUUGUUAAUGUAUUAAUUUGGUGUAUGAUUACUAUGUUUGUAUCGUUUCUGUCUAUCAUCAUCAGUGGUACCUUUUUAAACAUUGUUCUAAGAACAA